AUGGACCAUAGACAGAAUAACGAUAUAUUUAGUUGGAUUAUAUUUUUUAUAAAAAAUAAUAACACCAAUGAUGAUCUUAUAAGUGUAAAAAAUAUAUACAACCAUAUUAAACAAAAUAAUAUCACUCCUAAUAUUGUCAAUCCGUUAGAUAAAGAUAGAAAUAUAUUUUAUAGUUUAUUCUCUAUAAUUUAUAAUAAAAUAAAAAUAUAUAUGCAUUUAUUAAAAAAUAAAAAAUAUAAUAAUGAUUCUCCAAAUUUCCUACCCCAAAAUUAUAUUAACAGUACAUAUAUUUCUAACGAUUAUAUAAAAACAUAUGACAUUUUAUAUAGUCCUAAAUGUUAUGUAACAAUUGAAUAUUUUAUAAAAACCCUUUCGUUAUGUGUUUCAAAAUUAAAUUUAAAAGAUGAGGAUAUAUUUUUUUUUUCUGGAAUAAAUAUUAUAUCGUCUUUGUUAGACUUAUAUAUGGCUGAAAAGGAUAAUACACCUACAAAUGUUGAUAAAAAUGACAAAAUACUAAACACUGAAGGUUUUCAUUUAAUUGUAAUAAAGUAUAUUAAAAAUUUAUUUAAAUAUAUAUAUCCUCACAAUGCGUUUGAAGGAAUAAAUGAAGCUAGCUCAACAAGCCAAACUAAUAUAGCUAACUACAAAAGUAGUAAUAGUUGGAAUAAAUUGGACAAAAGGUUAGAUACUUUUUUUUGCCUUUUAAAUAUUAUCAAAAUUUUACUAGAAUUUAUUAUAAAUAAAAAUAAUAAAAUAAAAUUAAAAAGCCUAAAAUUGUUAUAUAUUAUUCAUAAAAAAAUAAAAAAUACAUAUAUAAUAAAAAAAAUAUUUAAAGGUGUUAGUUUAAAUUUGUUUAUUCUAUAUAAAAGUAUUAAUAUCAAAAAAAUUAAAAAUUUUAUUUUAAAAAUAUUUACAAUAUCAAUUGAUAGAAUAUUGAAAUAUUACUUGUCCAUCGAAAAUGAUCAUAUCUCCCAGUAUUUAAAAAGAGAUACCUACAUUUUAUGUAACUUAAAUGAACUAUCUCAGAAUGAUGACUUUAUAAAAAUGACUGAUUUGGUACUGAAACAGUGUGUAUUAUCAAAGGGGGUACUCAAUGGAAACUCAGAGCACGACAAACCAAAUUUUGAAAAAAAAUUUAUCUCUUUAAAUGACCAAGUUAGUAACCCAGAAAGAGACUCAACUUAUUUUUCAAACAACAUCGAUAUUGUAGAAGAUAAAAAUAUUAUAUCUAACAUUUAUUUUAUUUGUUAUUAUAUUUUAAUUAAUUAUAAUUAUAAUGAGCAUAAAAAUGAUUUAUGUGAAAUCGUGGAUAUUUGCAAAGUCCUUAUUAAAUAUUAUACAAUUUUAAAUAGAAAUUUAAUUCUUAUAAGUUUUUUUUUUAUUUUAUCUCAAAUGUUUUAUGAUAAAGAUAUAAAUUUUUUACCUAAUAUAAAUUUUGUGUUUAACAAUCAUAUUUUACAAUACUUUGAAGAACCCAAUUUGAUGAUUCACCAAGUAAGAAGCUUAACAAAUAUUUUAAAAAAUGUUGACAAAACAUGUAAAGACACAAUUAAUAAUGAAACUAAUCAUAUUAGAAGUGCUAGUGAUGAAAAUGAAAAAAUGUUUCCCGAGAAUAUAGAACAUUCGGUUAGUACUCUAAAUAUGGAUAGACAAACAGAUGAGUCAUUCCCUAUCCAAUUUGGAAGUCAAUUUCAAAAUGAUUUAUAUAAAAUAUUUUUAAAUUUUAUAAAAAAUGUUUCAGAAAAAAAAAAUGAAAAUUUAUGUCAUAAUGAAAUAAAUAAUUCUUCACUUGAUCAGCUAAAUUAUAAUAUAGAACAUUAUUAUUUUAAAUAUUUAUAUAAUAUUUUUUUAUUAAAAAAAGAAAAUAAUAUUUUUAUUUUAAAUUUUUUAAGGGGAUAUAUAUAUUACACUUUUAUUAGUUAUAACCUUAAGAUGAAAAAUAUUAUUCAUUUUUCAAAACAUAUUAAUAGUUGUCUUAUUUUUAAUUUUUUAUUAAAUUUAUAUGAAAUAUCCGAUAUAACAUCAAUACAUAAUAAAAAUUAUCAACCUGCUCAGACUAAUAUACAUAGUAUAGUUUUAUCUGAAAAUAAUUCAUUUUAUAAUAUUGACAUAUAUAAUAAUCUUCCUUUAUCUAUUAUUGAUAAUACUCAAGACUUGUCAAAUUCAUUUAAUUUUUCUAACUUGUUAAUGCUAACAAAUUUGAAGAACUCCUUUAAACACCAAUCCAUCAGCCUGAUAAACGAAGUAACAAUUUAUUCCUUUUUGGCAUGUGACAAUAACCAAGCUGAAAGCUACAUCAAUGAUGUUUUAUUUUCUGAACUUGACAUAAAAAAUGGAGAAGACACCAAAAGUAUUGAUAAUCACAUAAUGAAAAUAAAACAAACAUGCAAGAUCUUUCAUUUUAUAAAUUAUUAUCUUGAUUAUCUAAUUAUUUUACUAUGGGUAAAGAUAAAACUAACAGGCAAAGAUGACAAGGAUGCCCCAUAUUUUAAAGAAAGACUCGAAACAGAGUUUGUAAAAAACAUUCUAUUUGAAUAUUCAACUAUUUUUAAUAAUUAUUUUUCUUUAGCAAUAAUAAUAAAAUUAAAAAACUUUAAAUUGAAUAUCCAAACAGUUGUAGAAAAUAUAAUUUGUUUAUGUUUCGAAAAAAUAAAAGAAAAUGAAAUAUGGGAAGAGAAAAAAAAUAAUCUAAAUUAUUAUUACAUAUCUUUGCUAAUUAUAUGUAUAAAUAAAUCCUUUUUAAUAUUACAUUUAACAAAUUUAAAUGAAGUAAUAAAAAAAUAUUUUUACAAAAAUCUCGUUUUCUUUUUAUUAAAUAUAAAUAAUGAAUCAAACAAUGUUAAACAGUUGUCUACUUAUUUUUUAUUUGGUACCCACAAAUAUUUAUCCAAUAAUGAGGAAGGAACAAAUAAAAAUUCCUAUAAUCACGAGCUAACACAAAUAAUUGGCAAAUACCAAGACAUAAUAACGUCCUAUAUUUAUAAAAAAAUAAUUAACAUUGAAUCAGUUGAUAAAUGUAUGAAAAUCUUUAAACUUAUUAAAAUGCUAAUUUGUUGUAACUAUUCAAAUGUGUAUAUAUAUAAAGACAUAUGUUUAAAUAUUAUAAAAAUUAUAAAAAAAAAAUCAAAUGGUAUCAUGUUUUUAAAUAAUAAAAAUAUAAUAAUUGCAAACAUUUUAAACAUUUUUAAUUAUAUACUUUAUUUAUUAUACAAAAUUAUAUAUCAAAAUCGAAUGAAAAUAUUAGCUCACCAAAAAUAUGUGUCUGCAAUAAAAGAUAAAAUAUUAGCUGGUCAUACUUACAUAAAUAUUAACAAUUUGAAAAAUGAAAUAAACAAAAAAAAUACUUUCAAUAAUGAACUUGAAAUAGAUGCAGAUAAUAAUCUAUUUAGCCAAAAUGAAGAAGUAAAUACCCCUCAACAAUAUUUCGUAAAAAAUACUAAAAAAAAAAUACUUUUACAUAAUUAUUUCUUUUUCAAAAAUAUGGAAACCUUUUCACAUUCAUCAACUUUGUCAAAAGAGACUAAAACUGCAUUUUUAAAUAUUGUCGACGAUUUUUAUAAAAAUAUAAAAUCACUUGCUGACAAAAAUAUUAAUUAUCACCAGGUUGCCAACUUAAUUGUAGAUGAUGAUUAUUACGAUACUGUUGAUCAGAACAAUGAUUUAGGUUCUACAGAAUGUACAGAUAAAAAUGUUUACUCAACUAUUAGAUUUACAACUUCACAUAUUUUUAAUUUUGCAAAGAAGUUUUUUUGUCAUGACGACGAACCUAUCCAAUACAUCGCACAGCUGUGUAUCCUUCAAUGUUUGUUUAUUUUUUCUACCCGUCGCUUUGAAUUAUAUCCCAAAAUAUAUCAAGUGUGGGGGUACGUACAUAUAGCCCUUUCCCAAAAUGCACGAGUAAAUAAUCUUAUUAUUUUAAAGAUACUAAAUUAUGUUAGCAUAAUAGAUGACACACUUUCGAUUGAACGGAUUUCGAAAGAUAUAAUAUCAACACUAUGUCUUAAAUUGAAAAAGCUUGACAUAAAAAAUGGAUUUCCAAAACAUAGUCAAGAGUAUAGGUUUCUUGAAAUGGGAAUGCAAUUAUUCUUGACACUUUCAAAAAUUGAAAAAUGUUAUGACAAAACUUAUUCGUUAAUUUUAUUUUUAUGUCUCAGUAUACUUAACAAAUUAUAUGAUGAUCAAAUAAAAAAAAUUUCUCUAAAUAUAAUUUCUAAUCUGUUUAUUAUCAACAUUCCUAAGAUGCAAGAAAUGGUUGAGAGUAUUCGUAAAAUAAAAGAAAGAAUAAAUUAUUUGUACAAUGAAAAUAUGCUAACUAAAAAAAUAAUAAAUAAAAUGGUUUUCAAACAAAUUAUAAAUGAUAUUGAAAUUGUAGAACCUUUAUCUUUCCUUUCUUGUUUAUUUAUGUCUGAAGAAUUAAAAGAAAUUGUUUUUUUAAUUAUUUCGAUGGAUUAUGACAUUAUUUUUUUUCUUAUAUCAUAUUUUGAAGUGUUAAUCAAAAAAUACAAAUACAAAUGUCCCUUAAAUCAGCAUUCAUUAAUUAUACAUAACCAUUUUAAAAAUUAUUAA